AUGAAACAAUGUUUGAGCAAUGAGGACAGGAUAAGUGACUUGCCUGAAGCUCUGCAACUGCAUAUACUGUCUCUGCUUCCGACAAAAGAGGCCGCAGCCACUAGUGCUCUGUCUAAACAAUGGAGAUCUCUUUGGAAGUUGGUGCAUAAGCUCGAUUUUGAUGAUGUUUACGAGUUAUAUCCAAGUGCGUUUUCAGAAACUGUUUACAAGGUUUUGCUUUCCCACAAAUCUCCCGUUCUAGAGAGCUUGCGUAUCACUUUCAAUGUAGACAAGUGCCGUGCUGCGGACGUCGGAGUGUGGAUCGGAAUCGCAUACGCACGCCAUGUCCGUGAGCUCACACUCUAUCCCGGAUCUGAGAAAGAAGAAGUGACGUACUUCGAAUGCCCUAUCAGCAUGUACAACUCCGAGACGCUGGAGACAUUGAAACUCGUCGCUUGGAACCUUGUUCAUGUCACUUCUUCUCAGGCUUGUCUCACUUCUCUCAAAACUCUGCAUCUGAUUAGUGUCAACUACAAAGACGACUCGUCCGUUUUAAACCUUUUAUCUGGUUGCCCCAAUCUUGAAAACUUGGAGGUGCAUCGAGAGGAACCGGAUGGUGUGGAGUUCUUCAUUGUUGAGGUUCCUUCUUUACAGAGAGACUAA